GUCAACAACACCUUACCAACAGGACAGAAGCCGUCUCGGUGAAAGAACCCACCUUUGGAACAUGUCGAUCCCAACUCGCCUGAAACUAGAUAUUCGGGACCAAUGGACCAAAGAAGACUGCGAACUUCAACUAGCCUUCAAAGAAAUCACCAAAGUAGUCGGCUAUCGUAUCUCCUGCUCUCCAGACUGGCAUCUACUCUGGACAGAACUUAAGACCCUGUUCCCGGAUCCCGGCACAUUUAUUCCAAAUGUGCGCGGUAUCGUUGUGCUGUGGAGUAGAACCUUGAUUGAUCUCCUUCAAGAUGAGCAGAAUGAGGAAUGGACUGAGCAGGUGCUCGAAGAGCUUUCGAAGACGCAAUUUGUGAAGAUACAUCUCGAAGUUGGCAGUGGAGAGCUACCAGGCACGCGAUGGACCGAUGAUAGUGCGGCAUUCAUGAUAACUCUUCCGAAAUCGGGACCUAAAAUACCGUCCGACAUUGUCAACAGCAUAGGUCCAGCUUUGUUAGAUUGUUUUAAGACCACCAAUACAGACAAUCUCCCGGCAGAACGCCUUUUCCCGGAUGAUUCUUGGUCGGACAUUGGAGUUGAUAGCACGAGUGGACAUAUUUCGACGCGAGUGGAGCAGAUGAGAUUGCCCGCUACUACAUCAAUGGCACACUCGGCUGUGACAAUUCUUCCGGAUAUCAACACCAUGGAACGACCGGAAUACUUGAUGUUGAAACCCCCAUAUCACUUAACCAUAUCUGGAAACUCCUCUCACGGUAUGAUCGUGAUACAAUGCAGCCAUCCCCCAACGUUGAAGGUGAUCGAAGCGUAUCUGAAGAAGUGGACAAAACGCGAGUUCAACAACGUUCAUCAACCUCCCGCUGCUCUCUUGUCGUUAAAGGAGUCUCACCUUGGGCUGGGAGCGAUAUACAACACUCUCCAAAUCAAGUUGCAGGAACGUUCAAGCUAUGUUCUGACACCCACGUUUCUCGUUUCCUUUGUCCAAAGUAUUCUAGGUUAUGGCAUGACAUAUGAAGAAAGUAGCUACUGGUCUUUUAGGAAAGAUACAGCGUUUGAUAUGAGAUAAACAGGCGUUACCUCUCUCUACUAUAGCUGAGAGUAGAAGAAGCGGCGCUUAUGAGAAAUCUAAUAGCUCUCAGGCCCUUGUCUUUACUAGGAGGGCUAUCAGGGCACAUAAGCUUCUC